AUGACGCGCCGCCCGCCCGCCGCCUUGAUGGCGGCAGCGGCCACCCUGCUGCUGCUCUUCGCGGCGCCCGCCACGGCGGCAGAGGCCCGCGACGUUUUGGCGCUGGGCUACUCCAACGCGACGGAGCUGGCGGCCCUGCGGCUGGCGCUGAGCGUGACGGUGGAGAUCGGCCGCGCCUUUGCCGAGGGGCGGGAGCCAGAGGGCAAGGUGACCGCAUCGGCGGCGCCACCCGACGGCGUCACGCCCGCCAUGCUGGGCGCAGCCAUGGGCCACGUCCUGGCGGCGGCCAGCAUGCACUCGGAGGCAAUGUCCACGCUGGGGUCGCCCGGAAGAUGGCCCAUGGGGUGGGGCGACCGAGAUGCUUUCUUCAGGCUGCCCAGCCCUCACAUCAGGCUGCGUGGCACCUGCCUGCCAGAGGAGGUGGCGCACACCAAGCAGUGCCUGGCCCGCGGCUAUGCCGUGCUGGCACUGGCCUCCAAGGACAGGACCCGCAUGCGGUGCUUCAGCGCAGCAGGCGACCAGACAUUGAGCGACAUGGUCGAUGCCAUGGACGCCAUCAAGUCGUUCACCAAGAAGCUGCGCAUCCAGAAGAAGCCGAUCUACAUGUGGGGCAUCUCCGCAGGCGCCAGCUUCGCCGUCAAGUUCCCGCUCACCAUGCCCAUCGACGGCCUCGUCAGCGAGGUCAACAUGCCUUGGGAGAAAAAGUGGCACGCCACGGAUGGGGCGGGCACCCUGAAGACGCGCUUUCCACCCACCGCCUUCUACCAGAUGGAGAGGGACGACCAGACCAGGCGGCAAAUAGCAAAGGCGGUGGAGAUUUUGCGCAACAACGGGGUCAAUGCCGAGUCAGUCUUUAUCCCGUCCUUCCCACUCUACUCGAGCUUCUUCUGGCGCCGCUCCAUCUACCUGACCCGCCAGCAGUCGGCGGCCAUCGUCAAUGGCCUCAAGGCCAUCGGUGCUAUCGACAAGCAAGGGUGGCUCAAUUAUGACCCCCGCACCGUCCAGAAGUGGAAGGGCAAGCUGCGUGAGGUGCUGCCCUGGCUGGGCAACAUCAACGACAUCAACAACCCCUACAACCUGAACUCUGACGAGAGCCAGAUCACCGAGGCGAUGAACCUGGCCUGGGCCCAGCACGAGAUUGUGGGAGAGCACGUGCGGCCAACGCUGAUGUGGCUGGAGGCGGGCGGCGUGGGCAACCUCACCGACCUGUGCAAGAUCUACUCGAUUGAGGGCAACCUGCGGUGCCUGAGCGAGUACCAGGAGGGCUGCCCCGGCAUCCUGCCCAAGUGGCCCAAGCCGCCGCCGCCUCCCAAGCCAUCGCCCAAGCCAUCGCCCAAGCCAUUGCCCAAGCCAUCGCCCAAGCCAUCGCCCAAGCCCUCACCCAAGCCGCAGCCCAAGCCGAAGAGGAGUCCGCCGCCCCCGAAGGGAGGGGCGGUCAAGGCGGAUGCGGCCGCGCCGCCGCCCCCCGCACCCAGCUCCCGAAAGAUGCGCUGA